GAAACAAGGACAAAAAGAAGAGGGGAAGAAAGAAAAUCAGAGCCACCUUUUUUUCUCUCCCCUCCCCUCAGGAAUCUCCCCUCAGCCCGACGCGACCGUUCCCGUCGGCGGGCGACGCUCCUUCUGAGGCGGAGACCGGCAGUUUUCCCGCCCAAAAAAAAAAAAAAGCGCGGAGGGAGGGAGAACGCACGCGACUCCUUGCUCCUCCCGCCGGCAGGGGUCGGCCGCCGGUUAAACAGCGGCCGCUCUAGGCCUUCCCCCAGCUCUCGCUCCCCGCCUCCUCUCAAGGCCGGCGGGGCGGCGGGGCAGAGCGAGUGACAUGGAGGCGCCGUUGUGGCCGGUCGGGGCGGCUUUGCAAAGCCCGGAGGCGUCGGACGGGCCCGGGCUUCGUCUGCUGAGCCUGGAAGGGCGCUUGGCUUCGGCCGAGAAGAAGCUGGGCGGUUGCCAGAGGACGGUAACCGAGCUGGGCAGCCAGCUGGAAGGGAAAUGGGCCGCCCUGGGCGGCCUGGUUCAGGAAUACGGGCGGCUCCAACGGCGGCUGGAGAACCUGGAGAACCUGCUGAGGAACCGCAACUUCUGGAUCCUCCGCUUCCCGCCGGGCGCCCAGGGGGAGACGCCCAAGGUUCCGGUCACUUUUGAUGACCUGUCCGUUCAUUUCAACGAGCAAGAAUGGGGCAAUCUGGAUGAAUUGCAGAAGGAUCUGUAUAAAACGGUCAUGAAAAGCAAUUAUGAGAUGUUGGUCUCAAUGGAUUAUGCAAUUGCCAAGCCCGAGAUCCUGACCCGGAUUGAACAAGGAGAUUCCUUGUGUGAUAGAAAUGUUGAAACCAUGGCUGAGAAUAACACACUGGGACAUCCUGGCACAGAGUCUCCUGUGGCUCCAGUCGAUGUUUCUUUGUGGCUGAAGGAAGAAGUAGAAGGACCUCAAGACGGUGGCAUCGCCAGGCCUCCUGAGGAGAUCAGUGCUGGACUUCAUGAGGGUUCUUCGGUGGAGUAUAUAGACAUACCCUCCGGGAUUAAAGAGGAGAUGGAGGAGGUGUGCUUGGGCCCCGGGGAAUCUCACAGAGAGCAAUACGAUCCUAGUGAGGAAUAUCAGACCAUUACCAUUUCUGAAGAACAUCUCUGUGGACUUCAGGAAGACCAAUGUGCUCAGGACCCGUUAUUCUUUGGGGAAGGCCCUAGCUCUGUAUUUUGCAAUGGGCUCUUAUUUUCGCUUGCCAUGUCAUCAAAGGGGAAGAGAAAGGGCCACGGUUCAUCUGAAGAGCGCAGCAAGAAGCACAGGAAGGCCAUCAGUCUGAAUUUGAAGAUGAAGAUCAUUAAAGCCUACGAUGCUGGGAAGAAGGUAAACAUCAUCGCUCAAGAAGAAGGCCUGGCCCAUUCCACCAUCUCCACCAUUUUGAAGAACAAGGAGCGGAUCAGGGAGGCCAUGAAAGGAUCGCCAGGGACGAAAGCCAUUAUCACCAGGCAACGCAAAGGCCUCAUCCACGAAACAGAGAAACUCCUGAUGCUUUGGAUCGAGGAUCAGAUCCAGAAAAGGAUUCCCAUUAGCCUCCCUCUCAUUCAGGCCAAGGCGCGCAGCAUUUUUGCGACCCUGAAGGAACGAGCGGGCGAGGAGUGCACUGAAACGUUCACGGCCAGCCGUGGCUGGUUCAUGCGCUUCCAGCGAAGGUUUAAUUACCAUACUUCGCACCCACCAGGCGAAGCCGGGGGGCCCGACGAAAUAGCAGCCCAACGCUUCCUUGACAACUUCGACGAUCUCAUCACAGAAGGGAACUAUUUGCCCGAACAGAUAUUCAACGUAGACAAAACCAGGUUAUUCUGGAAAAAAAUGCCCGAACGAAGCUACCUUCACCAAGAGGCCCAAGCUGUGCCUGGAUACAAAGCCUUUAAGGACAGGAUCACUUUGCUGUUGGGUGGAAACGUCGCCGGCUUCAAGCUGAAGCCGUUUCUGAUCCACAAAUCAGAGGAUCCCCCCGUGUGUGAAAAUAUCGGCCAGGAGACCCUGCCUGUUUAUUACCAAUCUGAUCAGAAGGCUUGGAUGACCCAAGUCUUCUUUGAGGAUUGGUUUGUGAAUUGUUUCAUCCCCCAAGUGCAGGAAUAUUGUUUUCAAAACAGAAUCCCUUUUAGAAUUCUUCUGCUCCUCAACAACACCCCUGGAUAUCCCCUGCACCUGGACGAUGUCCAUCCAGACGUGAAGGUUGUUUAUCUACCAAAAAACACCAGCCCUUUCCUGCAGCCCAUGGAUCAGGGAGCUGUCUCGAUCUUCAAAGCAUGCUAUUUACGGGCCACACUGGCCACGGCCGUCGCCACAAUGGAGGACAACAGGAUGACCUUGCGCGAGUUUUGGAAAGCCUACGAUAUCAGCCACUGCAUUGAAAACAUCGCAACGGCCUGGAAGGAUGUCAGCAUGAAAUGCAUGCAAGGGAUUUGGGAACGGUGCUUAAAACGUUUUGCUCUCCUCGUCCACAAUUUUGAAGGCUUUGAUCCUAACGAAGAUUUGGAGGAAAUCAGUCACAACAUUUUGACGCUCGCCCGAGCCCUUAGUUUAGAGGCAGACGCGGAAGAUGUGAAAAAAUGGAUUGCCUACCCUGAGGGUGAGCUUUCCAAUGAAGAAUUGAUCGAGCUUAAAGAAGAAUUGGAGGCCCAAGGCAUUGCAGAGGAGGAAGAAGAAAUAAAAUUCUAGACUUAAGUUCAGGAAGUUCAGUGUGAAACUAUUGACUGCUGUUUUUCUCGGACGUUAACAAAACGUUACAAAAUUUAGGAAGUAUGGAUCCCAAUGUAGAAUGUUUCGGAAAGCUACAUCAGAAGCCCAGGAAGUUCAAUGUGAAAAUAUUGAUCGGUAUUUUUUCAGAUAUUGAUGAAACGUUAUGAAAAUUAGGAAGUAUGGAUCUAAAUGUAGAACAUUUUGGAAAGUUAUAUUGGGACCCCAGGAAGUUCAUGUGAAAAUAUUGACUGGUGUUUUCUCAGAUGCUAAUGAAAUGUUAACGAAAAUUAGGAAGUAUGGAUAAAAAGCUACCUUGGGAAAUGCAUGUGUUCUAGGAAAAUAGAUGAAGAAAAAAAUGUGCAAAGAAAACUUAGUGAAUUCUUUACGGACAGUUAUUUCUUGCUCCCCAUCCUGAAAAAGAGCAGCUCUCAGAAGAUGCUCGGUUCAUUCGCCUUCUAGGCCUCCAUAACCAACAUCUCCAAAAACACAGCAAAAAGACUAUAAUCUUUGCAAGGGGAUUUCUAUUGAUGUUUACAAGUACAGUACUGUAAUUGUAAACGCUAAUUUUGUAUUCUUUUAUUUUUGUACUGUAACACAUGAUGGCUCUUAAUAAUAAUAAUACAUGUUAGAUCAAGGAUGUUUUAAAUAUUGGAAAUGAUCUUUGGUUCCUUGGAGGACGAAAUUGAUUUCUUUAGAAAUAAAGAUGUUUUAAAACAUGAAAAA